AUGAGAAAUAAAGAAAGACAGAUUGAAGUACUCAGAAUCGAACAAAAUGUUGUGUCCAAAGAACUCGGUAGAUUCAGAGUUUGCAACAUCGACACACGCUGUUAUUAUUGCCGUGAAUGGGCGCAUUAUAUCUACAAAAAGCACUUUGUGUGGAGUGCAAAAACACAAGAAGAAGUCUAUGAUAAUACUCUCGAAAGCCUGAAUGCAGGCCGAUUCCAGAUCAACAUGCUCCAGACACCUUUACCCGGAAAACGCAAGGAAAGAUCACCAAAACUUGCCGAACGAUUCGAAAAAUUACUAGAAUCUAAUGCCGACACAAGUACGGCGUUGAUGACAGAUAUCAUUGCUGCUUGCGAAUUGUGGAAGACUUUGCCGAGCAGUCUUUCGGGUCUACCGACCAUCUUUGAGCCCAUUCAGUUCAACCCUUUUCCAGACGCAAUCCCCCUCAGUGACGAUCUAUCAGACCCAGCCCUGAUCCUGGACGAAUUAAUUAUGGAAAGACAGGCACUCUGCUUGCCGUCCACAAGCUUUGAAGUCCUGAAGAACAUGACAGGCGACAUUUUGCUCUCCCAAACACAGGCAACAUGCAAACACACGAGGCCAGAGUACAAAUCGAUAGCCGAACUAGAAAUAGAGCGAGAUAUUUUGAAUUCACAGAUGGCCGAGGCAACAAAGACGGUAUUAGAAGAACUGGCACCGGCGUUGGAUUUGUCCUGGGCACCUUUGAGCGAAUUCCUGCAGAGACUGCUGGUACUUGAAAAAGAGAGGAAUGGGUUGAUGGGCGAAGGUUGUCAGCAAACCGUAGAUCAGUUUGCGGAACAACAAAAACUAGUGCCAUUUUCGGCAUAUUGGACCGAGCGGGCUGUACGGUUCAAGAAGAAGCGGGCAAAGAUAACAGAGGUCGAGGAAGCAUUUGAUGCACAUGUAGAUAGAUGGGCGGCCGGAUCAAGGGCAUUCAGAGAUGAGUUUGCCUUGCCGGGUUUGAGAGACAUCUGUAAAUUGAUCGAGAAACUUUGGGAUCUGGUGGUGCCGACUAUCCAGCACAUGGCGGAUCGAAUUGCUAGCCAUGAAAAAAAGGAGGAAAGCCAUACGGAGAACUGCCGUGCGGUCUCGGCAUCCCUAAAAGGCCUGCACUCAACCAAAGAAGUAGAUGAUGCGGUGGAACGGAUAGAACGCGAACUGAUAGAGCGUGUGGCGGCGUAUUGUGAGAGUCUAGAACAGCUCAAGGCAUCAUACCGCGAGGAUUGCAAACCGGGGACGUCCGGACGACUGGAAAAGCUGGCAAACAAGGAAUUUAGAAAGAAAAUCAAAAAGGCAGAGAGCGGCUAUCACUCGCUGCGACAUUACUUUCAAUACGAAGUCACCCAAAAGAUUUUUCCUGAGGCGCUCUUUUGCAAGUUUAGUUUGGUGUGUCUGGAAGCACUUAUGCAAGAGGGCGAGGUUAUGGAAGCCAUGACGAUUGAGAGCGAAGUUCGAAGAUUUAUUGAGUCUAACAAAGACUUGGUACGCCAGCGGCAGGUUUUAAUAGAACAAUUUGAGAAGGGUGUCCACACUGGUAGACGAGAGCUUGCAGGAGUGCUUGGCAAACUUUUUUUAAAAGAGGGUAUGCGUAUUCAGGGCGAAAAUCUUGCGCUCAAACGGCAAGACCAGCUUCUUAAAUCAAUAAGUGCCAAUACAAAGUCGAGCAAAAAGAAGAAGAAGAAGGGCAAGACACCCUCGAUUGACUUACCGUCGCCUCAGCAAAGUCCCAACAAGGGUCCAGAUCGACAAGUUGAUGUGAACCCAGAGGAAGUCCCGGAGGUUUUGUUGGAAGAUCAGACUAUGACGAUUGAAGAUAAUGCUGUGGAACUGGCUGUAGAACCACCUGUGGAACUACAUGCGGAAGUUCCCGCAAAAGUUCCUGUAGAACAAGUCGGUGAGAAUGAUUUUGAGUGUCAUGAAGUGGAAAGUAAUAGUCGCGAGGUUGUUGCGGAGAGCUUAGAGGCUGUAAAAGAGCCACGGACAGCUAAAGGGGAACUAGCCGUAAAAGUCGAGGUGCCAGUAAAAGCGGAACGAUCUGUAGAAGUGGCACCACAACAAGAGAUCGACACGAAAGAAACACUUUUAACGGGACGGCCAGCCGAGCCGGAAAUGGAUGAAAAAGAAAGCCAAGGAUCUGAAGCUGGGAAUAAAGAAAGCACGGACCAGGGGUAUUGUGAUGAUAAUAAUGAUAAUAAUAAUAAUAAUGAUAAUGACGACGACGAUGACAAUGAUGCUUUGGCGGGAGUAAAGCAUAUGAGCCAGGCAGAUCUUUUGGUAUUCUUAAGGACGCUUCAUUCGGAAAACAGUCGGCUGGCAGAAAGUGUGCGGUCAAGCCAACAGGAGAUGGCAUUGCUCACGAACCAAUACACGGAGAUGAUGUUAGUCGCACAGGCGCGCGAGACACAGAUGCUGCAGUUGUACAAAUCACAACAACAGGUUGAGAUGGAAGAGGCCCGACGGUACACUCUCUCACUCGAGGCCAAGAUAAGUGCACUUGAGAGCCAGCUACAAUCAGGAAGACCUUUGGGUACUGCUGGUUUUGGCAGCCAGGAUCUGUUUGCUUCAUAUCGCCAUGAGAUGGCAUUCUUUCAGCCUGCAACGGCUUGGAUGGCGGCCAGGUGCGGACAUUGUGGCGGAGAGGGGCACACAAGUACAGAGUGCAAGGGUGCUUUUCUGUGCGGCACUUCACAUUCGGAAGCGUGUCGGCUAACCUAA